ACAAUAAUUCUAAGACCCCAUCAACUCCUUGUGGUUUCAUUGGAUGGGCACCAUGCCAGAAGCACGAGUACCAUCCGGCUAUAAAAGGAUCCACGAGGGACUCUUCCCAACCACUUGCACCUAAACCAGCACCACUUCCCAGCACACAAACCACCAAUUAACCCUGCCUACCGGCGCUGGCGCUUGAGGAGAUGGAGGCGGCGAUUGGCAUGGCAAGCGGGCUCAUUGGCAGCCUGGUGAAUCUGCUAGCCAAUGAGGCUGUGGGGGCGUACGUUGCCAGCACUGAGCUUGGCCUCAACUCCACACAGAUCAAAGAUGAUCUGCUGCGCACCCAAGUUCUGUUGUGCGAAGCCGACAGAAGGGCCAUGAGCAACAACGCCGGUCUGGAGGGACUGUUGCGGAGGCUCAGUGCCAAGGUCGAUGAGGCCGAGGAUGCCCUGGACGAGCUCCACUACUUCAUGAUCCAAGAAAAGCUCGACAACACCAAUUACACACUGCCGGAUCUGGGUGAUGACCUUCGGGGUCAUGCUCGCCAUGGUCGCCAUGCUCUUCGCCACAUCGUCGGUAACUGCCUUACAUGUUUCUCCUGCUCUUGUUCGACGAAAUAUGAUGAUGGUCGUGUUCCUGUUAUUGUUACAAAUAACCCACACAAUGCAACGGAGCAGCCUGAUAGUGGUGGUAAUGGUGAUCGUCCGGUUGAUAAGUUGUUAUUCGAUAGAGUGGCCAUGUCUAGGAAAAUUAAGUCAGUGAUAGAGGAACUACAUUCGUUGUGUGACUCUGUCACUGAGUCACUCAAAAUAGUUCCGCAUCAUAGCAGUAACACUGCCAUAAAACGACCUAUCAUUGGAUCAACCAGUGCACAGAGUAUAUUGUAUGGGAGGACAGAGCUUUUUGAGCAAACAGUAAAAGAUAUCAUUACCUGUGACACAAAUAGCAGUGAAACAUUGUCUGUUCUUCCUAUAGUUGGCCCAGGUGGUAUUGGAAAGACAACUUUCACUCAACACCUAUACAAUGAUAAAAGGAUACAAGAACACUUUGAUGUUAAGGUUUGGGUAUGUAUAUCUGAUUUUGAUGUGUUUAGGAUCACCAAACAUAUCCAUGACCACAUACGUGAAAGUGAAAAACAAGAAGGCAGCACUUCCCAUCAAACAACCAAUACCAGUUUAGACCUGCUUCAAAUAUAUAUUGGGCAUAAACUAAAGUCCAAAAGGUUUUUAAUUGCCUUUGAUGAUCUGUGGGAAUGCAAUAGCGAGGAUUGGGGAAACCUGUUAGCUCCAUUGAUGAAGGGGGAGGCCAAGGGAAACAUGAUUCUCCUCACAACACGAUCCCCGUCUAAAGCUGAUACUGUGAAAACAACCGAUGCAAUAGCACUGAAAGGCCUUCACCCUGAAGAUUUCUUCACAUUCUUUGAGGAACUAAUAUUUGCGGGAAACAAACCCGAGUAUUACCAAGAGGACUUGGCUAAUCUUGCAAGAGAUAUUGCAAACAAAUUGAAGGGUUCACCUCUAGCAGCUAAAACAGUUAGUCGGAUACUGAAAAGGGAUCCAUCUCGGGAACAUUGGACUGGAGUUCUUAAAAACAAUAAAUGGCAAAAACAAGAAAAUUCUGAUGACAUUAUGCCAUCUCUAAGAAUUAGCUAUGAUUAUCUUCCUUUCCAUUUGAAAAAAUGUUUCCCAUAUUUUGCCCUGUUCCCCGAAGAUUAUAGGUUUAAUAAUCUAGAGAUUACAUACUUUUGGAUUGCAAUAGGAAUCAUUGAAAAAGAUGAGAAUUACAUGGAACAACUUGUGGACAAUGGUUUUCUCGUGAAGGAGAAUUAUGUACUACAUGAUUUAUUACACGAACUAUCACGGAGUGUCUCGUCACAAGAGUGCCUCAAUAUAAAUAGUGGUGAAAGUUUUAGAGCUGAUGCCGUCCCCAAAUCUAUUCGUCUUUUUUCCAUCACCAUGGAAGAAAAAUAUGAUGUGACUUUUAGGGGAGAAAUGAUUAAACUGAGGAGCAAGGUAGACAUUGUAAAUUUACGGGCUUUGAUGGUUUUUCGAGAAUAUAGUGAAACUAUUAAUGAGAUUUUGGAAGAUACUUUCAUGGAAAUACAAGGUCUCCGUGUCCUAUUUAUGAAAGUCAAGUCCCUGAAAUAUUUCCCACCCAACCUUUCAAAGCUUAUCCACCUCCGAUACCUAAAAGUUUCUGGACACACAACUGACUCAGAGCUAACUUUGCCUAGCACACUCCCUAGAUUUUAUCACUUGAAACUAUUGGACCUAAGUAGUUGGUAUGGUAGGGAUAAAUUGCCUAAAGACAUUAGCCGCCUUAUCAACUUACACUAUUUAGUUGCUAGAAUUAAAUUCCAUUCUCAAUCUGUUGAACUCCAUUCCGAUAUUCCUAAGGUUGGAAAGAUGAAGUGUCUAAAGGAGCUUACAAAAUUUUGUGUCAAGAAAGAGAUUGUUGGAUUUGAGUUGAGUGAGUUGGGGGAGUUAACUGAGCUCGGAGGAGAACUCAGUAUAUAUAACCUUAAAAUGGUGGCAACCAAAGAAGAGGCUAUGGAAGCCAAACUGAUGUCGAAAGCUGAUUUGAAAAAGUUGGAGUUACUUUGGGGCACAGAACACGAUCAGGGAGAAUCUGAUGUCCUUGGUGAUAGUACAGAAUUAUCUGAUGUUAUUGAUGGUCUUGAACCACAUCCUAAUCUUCAAUCACUUGUUAUUAAAAAUCACGGUGGCUCAACCUGUCCUAGUUGGUUGUGUGGUUCCAUUGGCCUACUAAUGCUGACGUCCCUCUGCCUAGAGGAUGUUUCUUGGACCAUUCUUCCACUUGGGCGUCUGCUACAUUUGUCGUCACUCACGUUGAGGAAUAUUCCUAGACUUGGUCAGAUCAUAUCUGGCUCUUCUGACAUUACAGACAGGAGUUGUUCGCGGUUGAAGGAGAUUAUCCUCUUUCGGCUGCCAGAAUUUACUGAGUGGGUGGUGACGCCUAAUGCCCGUUGGUUUCCAAGGCUUGAACUUGUCCAUUGCUAUGGAUGCCCCAACCUCCGUUCGUUUCCCUUCCUGGAAGAGGGCUCUGGUUCUUAUACGAGCCUAUCGACACUCCGAGUUUUCAAAUGCCCCAAGUUGCUCCUGCCCCCCAUGCCGGCAACUCAUAUUGAUGUGCCUGCUGGUCCUUCACGGAGUAUGGAGUAUGAUGAACAUGACUUGCCUUUGACGGGGCAUAGCGGUGCUGCAUCAAAGUUCACAUGGGCGCAACUCCCAAAGCUAACCUCUCUGAGGGAGCUUUGUAUUGAAGGAGACUCAAGCUUUGUAUCUAUGGAUCUGCUCUCAAACCAUACAUCUUUGACCUGUCUACAACUAGAAGAUUGCGAGAAUUUAGAAGUAGAUGGGUUCAAUCCUCUCAUCGCAGCUGUCAACCUCAAGGAAUUUGCGGUUCACAACAGGAGAGGAGAUCGUUCUCGCUCUGUAGCGGCAGAUCUUCUCUCAGAAAUGGUGGUGGCAAGUAGGAGUGACAUACUGUUGCCUUCUGCGGGCUGCUUCCGAUUGGGAACACUUGGCGUGGAUAGCAUCUCAGCAAUGCUUGCUGCUCCUGUAUGCAGCCUCUUCGCCACUACCCUCCACAAAUUAAUCUUCAAAUUGGAUCAGCGGGUGGAUAGCUUGACGGAAGAGGAAGAGAAUGCGCUUCUGCUCCUCACCUCCCUCCAACACCUGUAUUUUUGGUUUUGCCCAGCCCAGCCCUCCCUCCCUCAAGGGUUACACAGAUUUUCUUCUCUCUGGAGCCUACAUGUGGGUUAUUGUCCUGAGGUCCGAUCGCUGCCCAAGGAGGGGCUCCCCACUUCUCUGCGAUGUCUAAUAGUAGAAGGGUGCACUCGCGAGCUAUGUGAGCAAGCCAAGGAAUUUGAAGGAAGAAACCCAUAUUUACGGGUAGAUGCCUAUAAAUGCAUAGAUUGAAGUUUAAAUCCGAGGCCACAUGCAUGUAACUUGUGAAUCCUUUCAGCCAUGUCAUCUACGAGCUAUAUGUCUGCAUCUGGAAUAUCAUACUCUACUUUACAAUAUGAAGACCAAGGUGGCAACCGGCCGGUGGACCUGGAGGCUGAAGCAUGCAAUCCGAUUGCAAUGGAGAUUGGAACCGGGCAUAUGCUCAAUUGAAUAUUGCUAGGCAAAUGAAACACCUACUUAUUCUUCUCAGGAAAAUCCAGAGAUGUUCCUAUCUAGAUACUGUUAGUUCAGAAGCUUUAUUUCACAAGUUGAAGUUGGCGACGGGAUAUUCAGUUGACACCAUUCACGGCCAAGCUAGUUUUAGGAGAACGAUCUGAAGCUUCAAUGCCACGCACCUUAGAAGAAGGCACAUUUCAUUUACAAAAUUAUUACAUGCCAAGUGUAGAGAAUGUGUUUCGUUGGCACGCAGCAAUUUAUGAAUCCAUUAGCUCCAUGCUACACAAUAGUACAUUUCAAAGAUUAAACAGUGAGAUACCAUGUCUGGGAUCAGAAAAGCGCUGUGUAUUAAUGGUUUGCUUGGAGUAUUGCCCAAUUCUUUUGCACAACAAUUGCCUGGCUUACUAAUGAUUUGUUAGCUUUUGAAUCACGAUAUUGACAUUUUGGUUGGAAGAGCAAUUUAUCCUCGGGUUGAUUUGGUGUUCUUGAACUUCAUGGUAAUUAACCACUAACUGCCAACCGCAACUUGUUCAGAUUUUAGAGAUUACAUAUAUGAUAUAUCGUGAUGCUUUACUGGCAACCUUGAUCCGUCAGAGUUUCAGCUCGAGUUUAGCAGGUUUACAACUGAUGAGUGAUGAGCAACUCAAACUCUCAAAGUAAUGAAUUGAGCAUUUACGUUAUGCAAGUUCCCUUUAGCUUGUUCAAUGAAUUGGCUGACCUUAGAUUCAGGACUUGGAUUCUGUAGAACAAUGUGCAGCCAACAGUGAAUCCAGAAGUUGGCUGUUUGUCCGGACAACAAAAGUAACCAGUAAGCCUUUGUUUUCAUACCCCUGACGAAAUGGUGUGCAGUUCUGUGUCAUCGACCCUAUCGAAGUGGCAUGCAUGCAUCAUGGUACAGGUGUGUGUGACGAGCCUGAAGUGCUCAACCUGAUGAAGAAGAGGAAGCUAGUGCAGUAUGAUUCAAGACUACGAAGCAUUGCAGGAGCUGCCGCCUCCUCCCUGGCCUCUCCACACCGCUACUCUUUCUUCAGCAUCCUCCGCGAGCGCAUCGUCCACUCGUUUCUCCACUCCUAUCUGCUCUGCCCACAUUUGGCACUGACGCCAGGGCGACCGUCGUUGGGCAAGGCCGGUGCGCCCCUACCGUCGCCGGCCAGCUCCCCACCACUCCAUCUUCCUCCACCUCCUCUCUUCUCCUCUCCCGUCCUUGCUACUACUGUACAUGCUGAUUCAGUCCGUCCGUGUGCUCAGUUUGCUAGCCGCACCUAGCUAGUCAUGUCCGGCCUUAUCUGCUGAACUCCGGCCAGCAUCUCUGAAUAGUGGGUAUCCUGUUUGGAUUGGAUCUCUCAGAAAUGUCUCCUUUGGAACAACAUGCAUGUUCCUCAAGUGUUGAUCAGUACAUCAAUUCUUGCCUACUGUAAUAAACUUACUUCAAAGGCUGGCUGGAAUUUCGUUAUCGCAGUUCCAGCUCCAGUUAGCAAGCAAGAAACAAUAUGAGAAGUUGUAGUGUUGUUGUAACUGCUGCUUGCUUUACGUCUGACAUGACAAUCUAACUGUAGUUUGUUAACCCUGAAGAAACUGCUUCUUGUUUAGAUAUGUACUGGAGUAGCAACUUGUGUGAAGCAGCAUACUUUGAAUAAAUUGUCCAUUCUUGGAUUGUGCGUGUGCACAUGGA